AUGCUUUCGGGCGCACCAGUAGCCAAAUCUGGACCUAAGCGUCGACGGCGGAUCUGCCGCGCUUGUGAUUCAUGCUACAAGCGAAAGAUCCAGUGCGAUGCAGCGACGCCCCGGUGCAACUGGUGCCAUCAUCACGAUCUUCCUUGUACUUUCAAGCGCAAUAAGGAACGAAAUGAAGAGCUCUCAAAAGCCCGUCAACAUCCCGAGUAUGGACUUCUGAUGCAGCAUCCGCCGUCGAGACGUCACAAUCCCGACUCAAUAUCAGGGGUAGAUUCUCAGAGCAAUUUCCAUGUCGCAGGACAUGUUCUGGGGAACCUCUGCACCUUCAAUGGCCUGCCUUUCUUCUCAUCCACCGGCCGACAGUGGAUCAAAGCACGCACCGGCCAAGAGGUGAACCUAGCUUACAUGUCACCAUGGCCAUCUACAUCCAGCCAAAUGACAUCUACAGGCGUUCCACAUUCCGUGGCGCUGCCGGAGAAGGCGACCGUGAUUCAUUUGCUUGACGAAUGGAAACAAUCGGUCUUUUCCAAAUUGUUUCCAUUUGUUGAUCGAGAGCUUCUUGAGUCCACGAUCAAGGCAGCAUACCAUGAUGAAACUACCGUCUCAUCUCCUGGGGCCGACAGUGCCAGGGCUUGUAUACACGCCUUUACGGCCGUGUGUUUGUCAUCUUCGAUUCCUCAUGGACAUCAAGUCAUGCAUGCAGAGGAUCAUGUUCUCGCGGCUUACAAGCUGCUGCCCGGUUUGUUGCUUGAGUCGGUCACUUUAGAUGGUCUCCAGACUGUCUUGAUGCUAUGUCUCUGUUCUCUGGUAGUUACAGGCAACAUCUUCUAUCUCGAGAUGUUAUUAGCGACGUCAACGCGAUUCAUCUUUCACCUCAAUGGCCACCUCGCUCCAGUCUACAUCAAUGACGACCAAUUCAGGACGAAUCUGCAUAUCCGGGAUUUGUUCUGGAUAUGUUAUAUCAUCGACAAGGAGUUUAGUCUACGGACCGGCCAUCCUCCGUGCCUCGACGAGACUCACUGCGACCUUACCCACCCUCAUGUCCAGCAGACUACUCCGGAGUUCCUCACCUGCAUACGUCUUGCUAUUCUUCAGUCUCAGGUCUACCACGGCCUCUAUUCCAUGAAAGCUUUGCGUCAGACCGAUGCUCAAUUACUGAGCACUAUUCGCGACCUUGACGAUGCCUUGGAAACCUGGAGAAUACCGACGCCAUCAGUACGCCCCAAUACACUCUUUCAGCUGCAAUACUUGUACUGCAUGGCCAUGAUCCACCAAGCCAGCGGAAAGUGUUCUGUCUGGGUUCAAAAUCAUGACACGUCCGAAGCGGGCUCCAGCCUUGCUAUCAGCGUUGAAGCCAGUCGAUCAAUGCUGCAGAAAUUCCUCGAUGACCGGCUUCACUUUGAUAAGAAUAAUCUGAGGUCCUGUCUGCCCUAUUUCCUGACGGCGAUCUGCCACCUUUUCUCUAACAUCCUCCUCAACCCGCUGAGCGAAGGCAGUGAUGACGAUUUGGAUUUGAUCACAUCAGUUCCAACCCAUAUCCGGGCUCGUUUACCACCGGAGAUCCCGCGAUUGUCGACCCAUCAGAUCAAGCUUUUUGAGGAUUUCGUGAUGGAGUUAGGACGCCUCGCGUCCAGCGCUAUCAGCAAGGCGCAGGAUUUUUUUGAACAUAGCUGA